AAGUGAUCAUUUUAGACUCAACAUAAAGUUCAUUACUUAACUACAUUUCCUCCACCCAAUUAUCAUGGAAUGCAGUGAUAACAAAACCACCAUUUCUUCAUUAAGUGCAGGCUCAAUGAAGUCACCUAAUAAUGUUUCUGCAACUACAAAAAGUAGUGGAUUAAUAUCUCCCAGAAGCAUAUUAUCAGCUCCUCCUUCACCACCAUCACCAGUUAUUCUUACUCCUUGUGCUGCCUGCAAAAUACUACGCAGGAGAUGUGUUGACAAAUGUGUAUUGGCACCCUAUUUUCCUCCCACUGAUCCCCUUAAAUUUACCAUUGCUCAUAGAGUUUUUGGUGCUAGCAACAUCAUCAAAAUGUUGCAGGAGCUACCAGAGGAACAAAGAACAGAUGCUGUGAAUAGUAUGGUGUAUGAGGCAAAUGCCAGAAUCAGAGAUCCAGUUUAUGGUUGUGCUGGUGUAAUUUGCCAAUUCCAAAAGCAAAUAAGUGAGCUUCAAGCAGAAUUUGCCAAGGCACAAGCAGAAAUCUUGAAUUUAAAAUGCCAAAAUUCUAAUUUGCUUGCCUUAGUUUGCAUGGAAGUAUCAGAAUAUCAAGAAAAUAGCAGCAGCAGCAAUGACUAUGGAAAUAACACAAGCCUGUUUUUGGAAGAUAACAGUGUAUAUGCAGCUUGGGAGCCACUUUGGACAUGAUUAAAAAAUAAUGUUUGAAUAUUUCUACUACUACAAAUUUAAUUAGAAUCUCCCCCUAGGAAAAAUGAGGCAAGAAAUUUUGGUUCCUUUGUCCCAAAUAAAAAGAUAAUUUGGUGACAUACUUUUAAAGAAUUCAAUAAAAAUACUUGACGAAAUCAGAUGUAAUUCAUGAGACCUACUUUAGUUUUUUAUUUGAAGAAGAAAUAUUAGA